GAGGAAGCCUAAAAGCUUGCUUGUUUUAGAUAUUCCAUGAGUGCAGUAGACAUAAAUAGUAGAGAAAAAACAAAAUGGCGCCCCUGGCUUAUCUGCCUUCCUACUCCCUCCUUCCGCAGACAUGAUGCUAGGGAUCCCUUGGCAGACGAUUACUACGUUGUGUGUGGCCGCUCUUGUAAGCGUUCUGUUGGUCUGCGUUCACUUGGCAAUCACGGAGACAGAAUACCAAUUCAUGCACACUCACCUGAGAAUUCGGAAAACAGCCGUGUCCUCCGUUUCCAAAUCCGGGAGUUGGAUGAAGCCAGACCUUCGCCAUGUGUUUCAGAAACGUCGAGAACACCUGCUGGAGAGAUGUCGCUCCCUCAAGAUAAACGAUGCCCCACACGCGAUCCUGUGGCACACCUUUUUAACUGUUGAAUCCCCCGGGCCCCUCGCGGUGUGCGUCCCUCCGAAGGUAAUGCCCCAACCUGCUGGACAGUAAGUUAUGAUAGCUUAG